AUGAGUCGUAAAGAAGCACUUUCUUCAUUCAUUCAGCAAAUUCACGGCCGCCCGGUUGUAGUUAAACUUAACAGCGGCGUUGAUUACAGAGGAGUUCUUGCGUGUUUAGAUGGCUACAUGAAUAUAGCACUUGAACAAACUGAAGAAUAUGUCAAUGGUCAGCUAAAAAACAAAUACGGUGAUGCAUUUAUAAGAGGGAAUAAUGUACUUUAUAUCAGUACACAAAAAAGAAGAAUU